AUGCUCGAGCGUGCUGUUCGGUGUAUCGAGAAUGCUAGCCAGCAUGUCUAUCUCGGUUCCAAGCACACCUUUCGGUCACGACAUAUAUUGCACCCCAAAUUCUGGCACUGCAAUACCGACGACUCCUCCGCUCUGUCCCUUUUAUAUUACUACGCCGUCCAGUCAAGGUUAGGGAAGAGGCCGCCCGCGCAGCAUAAUAACGAUGAUGCCCCCUUGGACUCGACUCUCCCACCCACACCACUCGAGUUCCUCUACCCUCCAAAAACCCGGCUGUUCGCCCGCACCUAUAAAUCCGAACCCAAGAGAAACCUCAGCAGGAGAAAAAGAAAUAUAUACAGAACAUACUCUUCUUCGGCCAGCAACUGCCUUACCGAGGAAUCAUUAGACACAGGAAAUUCCUUUUCAAACGAUGUUAGAUCCAAUGAGAGUCCAGAUGUUCUCCGAAAAUUCCUUACAGAUAAGGGCCCCCGAGAUUACGGUGCUGCGUGGUGGCUCUAUAGAUCGAGUGGUUCUCCUAGAGGAUUUGAAUCAGAUCUUUUAUCAUACCUUUCGACAUCUCAGGACCCCAGAGAUUUUCAGCGUUGUCAACUACUUUUUGAACGAAUAAAUCCAACAAAUCGCAGCGAGCGUGAUUAUUUGAGCACAGUUAAGAUUGCUUUGAAUGCUAAAAGCAGAGCAUAUACCAAUUUUGCCUUGGAAUUGUGUGGAGAAGCGUCUGCGCGGGGCCAGACGCAAUGUUGGCAAUAUGCAUUUAUGGAGUUUGUGAAUCGCAUGGACUGGGAGAAUGCUCUUAGCGUUUGGAAUCUUCAGCCUCAUACGCUACCUAAUAAACUGCCAGCCGUGGACCGCCAGUCGAAACUGUUAGCAAAUCGGUUGCUUGCUCUCCUCGAAGUUGUUCAGCAGCGCAAUACAAAUGAUACAACGGAGAUGGCCCGCUACAUUGUUCAGCUUGUUAUCUCUCAUGAUAGAGCUAUGAUGUCGGUGUCAAUGAACGAGUUACUGAAGAUUUUCGAAAACUCCAUCAAACUUGAACUCUUCAACCAUGACGAUUAUAUUCUGGCUAUCAGAUCUCUACUAUCUUCCAAGAUCAGGUCGGCAAAUGGUCGUUCAAUCAUGCUAUAUCGCAACUUCCGUUGGCGUAUUCCUCAAAUCACUCCACCAAAAGCAUUGAUCACGGGGCUGCUGCAUAUGUUGUGUAAUAUAGAGGUCUUGGAAGGUGUCGAUUACCUCCUAGACGAAUACCGCUUACAUUAUGGCAAGCCACCGCUACUGGCUUACCAUGAUGCCCUAACUGUCUCAGCGAGACUUGGUGACACUUCGUCGACACUCCGUUUUUACAAUGACUACACAGCAGACCAUGGGCGUGCAGAUUCAACUGAAAUCUUAACUCCACUACUCUAUGUCCAUGCCAGAACCGGUGACGUGAAGGAAACUCAAAAAUGGUUCAACCAUGUUUCUGAACUUGGGGUUGAACCACGGGUUCAGUACUGGAACAUUCUUCUUACUGCCUAUUCGAAAAAUAAAAACCUAGAAGGGGCGCUUCGUACAUUCCAACAAAUGCUUCAGAGCGGCAUGGCUCCCGAUGCCGUUAGCUUCACCAUUUUGAUGGGUUUGUCUGCUGGGCGCGGUGAUAUCAGGGCCGUUUUGGAUUUAUUCGACAUGGCUAAGCGAAACGGAGUCCGUCUACAGCGUUCUAUGUUCGACACCAUGGUUGAAGUAUUAUGCAAACAUCGAAGGUACCUAGAUGCUGAGAAGGUGGCUGAAGAGGCUACAUCAAAAUUUCCCGCCAGUACUAUGACCAGAACUUGGAAUAUUCUCCUAUGGAAUUACGCAUACACCAUUGAUAUCACUGCCGUUUUAAGAAUACAGAAUCGCAUGCAGGAUGCAGGAAUCCAAUUUGAUGGCAUGACAUAUGCCGCAAUGAUGUCCAGUCUUGUUCGCGUUGGCAAAACGAACUCUGCACGCAAAAUCUUGGGAGUCUUGCACAGAAACCACGAGAUUCAUUUAACACUAUUCCAUUACGCCAUCCUUCUCCACGGCUACGUACAGGAAACAAACCGUGAUAUGGUCCAAGUACUGUACACUGAGAUAAUGGAACGUUUUAAUAAAACUGGCUUGAGUGGAACUUUGGCUAUGCUUCAAUCUCAAAUUGAUCGUGAUAUCCGACGGGCUAGGGAAACAAUGGGAAGCGCAUCCAGUGCAAAAUUCGCCCUUCCACAUGCAGAAAAACUUCUCAAAACCGCCAUGGCUCAGCUCGAUACCCAAGAUUUCAGUACCAAACAACCGCAGCCUGGAGCCCGGGGUCGAUCAUUGCGCGAGGCAUUCCCUGCUGCAUUUUACGAACAGCUUAUCAGGGCGUAUGGGCGGAAUAACAGGGAUGAAAAGGUCGGAGAGCUAUUCUUGGAAUUUUCACAGAAAUCGAGAUCCACGCUCCCAGAUCGCUUGCCACAUUCCCCUAUGAUACUUCAUGCUCUGAUGGUAAACUUUCUAGCAAAAAAUCAGCAUUAUGAAGUCAAGAAAUGUUUCGAGGCUGCUCUUACCCAUACCCUCCAGCGCUCGCGCGGAAUCAAUGUCCAAGCAGCCUUAUCACGCCCAACUGGAUUUCUUGCGGCACCCAGGGUUAGCAAGAAGGGCCCAGCUGAAGUUACUUUUUGCACCAAGACACCAACGGUCCUUCCAUCUCACCGCUUUGAUCUUUCACACUGCAUUUCGACUUAUAUGCGAUCUCUAUCAUCACAGAAUCUCCACUUAAAAAUCGCGGAUCUUGUGAAACAGAUUGAAAAGCUUGGGUUUGCAUUCAGCACACAUAAUUGGUCUCUAUAUGUUAAUAUUCUCUGUCUUUCCCGUGACCCUGCCUCCCAGAUGCGGGCAUUCACUAUUUUCGAGGAGAAGUUCAUGCCCAACUACCCAGGUUGGAGGUAUAUAAAGCGUGGGUAUACCCUUAGGCCGGAGGGUGCACAUAUGGAAAUGGAUCUCAUGGAAGGGCCUUUCCGCCGAGGAAAGCCUGGUCGUAUGAUUGGGCGUAAGGUCCGUGCUCUGUGGGCAAAGGUUCAGCCGGAUUACAUGCAGCCUACUCAUCUCAAUAUCCUUCACCUUGCUUCCGCCCUUAUUGAUUUCCGAUCCCGAUCAAUCGUUGACGGAGGAAAAGAGAUGAAUGAGUUAUUUUCUAAGGCACCUAAAACAUACACUGCCGUUGCUACGAUCCCAUACUUGGAGGAAAAAUUCCAAAAUAUCCUUCGCCGCUACAAGGCCGAUCAGGCCGAUAUAGAGCGACUUCCAAGAGUUGAAAUUUCCAACGACGACGUAUGGACCGGCGGUGUUUUGGGAGAGGGAAGUGAACGAAUCAAUACUGGCGAGGUGGAAUCUCCUUUUGAAGAGGAUAAUGAUGUUCGAGAGGAUGAAGACAAAUCCGACUCUGAAUGGACACCUGAGAUUCAUGAGCAGCCCAAUGUUUUCGAAUCUACUGAGCCAGCGCCGCCGUUGUUGGACUCUUUGUUGGCCGAAGACAUGUCCCGCCGGCAGAGGCUGGGCGUAUCAGAGCAAUCAAACGCUGUUCCUUUUGCCGAGCGAGUAUUAAGCCCUGAGGAUCAGUGGGACUUGGAUAACUACAUACGCCGCUCUGCGUUUGAAGAAACUGAAAAGUAG